UCCGUAAGUGGGUGCUCCUGGAAAAACCCAGCACAGAGAGCAGCACCAUGGGCUCCAAGUAUCAGCGGUCGGUCCGGGGCUGCCUGCCCCCAUGGGCCUUGAUACUGCAGGGUGCCCUCAUUGUCCUCUUCAUCUUUUUCGCAUCCUCUGAUCCUUCCUCCUCAGAGAACCAGAAGAGUCUCCUGGGGACCUACCAAGUGCUUCAGGAUGUCAUGGUCAUGGCGGCCCUUGGCUUGGGCUUUCUCACCUCGUCCCUGCGAAGACACAGCUGGAGCAGCGUGGCCUUCAACCUCUUCCUGCUGGCCUUCGGGGUGCAGUGGGCAUUCCUGAUGGAUGGCUUCCUGAGUCAAUCUUUCAACUGGACGGUACCCAUCAAACUGUACAGAGUUCACUUGGCCGCCAUGAGCGCCAUGUCCGUGCUGAUCUCUAUGGGUGCCGUCCUGGGCAAGGCCAACCUUGUGCAGCUGGCAGUGAUGGCGCUGGUGGAGGUGACAGCCUUUGGUGCCUUCAGGAUGCUGACCAGGAGUGUCUUCCAGAAGGACGACCACGCAACCAUGAUGCACAUCCACGUGUUUGCAGCCUAUUUUGGGCUGACCGUGGCCUGGUUCCUCUCAAGGCCUCUGCCCACGAGUGCGCAGGAGAAGGAUCAAGUGGCCACAAGCCCCAGCUUGUUUGCCAUGCUGGGAACCCUCUUCCUGUGGAUAUUCUGGCCGAGUUUCAAUUCUGCUCUGCUGAACAUUCCAAACGAGAGGAACCGGGCCAUCCUCAACACCUACUUUGCCCUUGCAGUCAGCGCGGUGACAGCCACUUCUGUGUCGGCCUGGAUACACCCUCACGGGAAGCUCAGCAUGAUGCGAAUCCACAAUGCAGUGCUGGCAGGAGGUGUGGCUGUGGGCCCUUCAUGUCACCUGAUCCCUUACCCAUCUCUUGCCAUGGUGCUGGGCCUUGUAGCUGGGCUCGUGUCUAUCUCAGGAGCCAAGUGCUUGCCGGUGUGUCUUCACUCCGUCUUGAGAAUUCAUGACACCAGUGGCAUCCACUACACUUUUGGCUUGCCAGGUCUCCUCGGAGGUAUCACCUACGUUGUGCUGAUGGCGUUUGAGAUUAGCUGGGCCAACAGUGCCGGGGUCGGCUACCAGGUGCUCAUCGACACCGGGGCACUCAGCCUGGCCAUGGCCGUGGGCCUGGUGUCCGGUCUGCUGACAGGUCUUGUCCUAAAUCUCAAAAUAUGGAGAGGACCUCAUGUUGCAAAAUUUUUUGAUGACCAAACUGUCUGGGAGUUUCCUCAUUUGGCUGUUGGAUUUUAAGCAAACCUGUCCACACAAACAAGCUGUCUGCAGGCAUGACACCUUCCUCCCACGCUGCCCAUCUUGGUUUGCUCACCGCACUCGUCGCAGCAACGUGUACUUCUGUGUGAUGAAACGGGGUCAAGUGUCAGUAUACUAUUUUAAAAUAAAAUAUGAAGGAUGUGUUUUAGUGCUAA